GCUCCCCGGUGGGCUGGCCCAGGCGCCCGCCCCGCCCCGGCCGGUAGCCUAGAAAAGCGGGUGCGGGCGGCGGGGGCUGCUCGGCGGCUGCCAGGGCUCCCCCCGCCGACCAUGAAGAACCCGGUGCCUCAGGUAGCGUCGCUGCUGCUGGAGAAGCUGCUGCUCCUUGUCCACGUCCGGCCCCUGCCCUCGAGCUCCGGCGGGGAACCGCCGCCGGCCCCCACCUAUUACGACACCAGCUGCUUCAAGCGGGGUGACCUGCUGGAGGUGCCCCGCACCCUUUUCAUUCACUUCGGCAUCUACCUGGGCGAGAACCGCGUUGCCCACUUGAUGCCCGACAUCCUGCCCGCCUUCACCGGCGAUCGCCGGCAGAUCCAGCAGGUAGUGACCAACAAGCGGCUCAUCCUGGGCGUCAUCACCAAGACAGCCAGCAUCCGCGUGGACACGGUGGAGGACUUCGCCUACGGCGGCAGCAUCCUCGUCAACCACAUGGACCGCCUGUUCCAGGACCAGGUGCUGAGCAGCGAGGAGGCGGCCCGCCGGGCGGAGAAGCUGGUGGGCGCCACGGCCUACAGCCUGCUCUGGAACAACUGCGAGCACUUCGUCACCUACUGCCGAUACGGGUCCCCCGUCAGUUUCCAGACCGACAAGUUCUGUGAGACUGUGAAGAUGAUUAUUCGGGACCAGAGGAGCGUUCUUGCUUCAGUGCUGGUGGGAUUAGCAUCGAUAUUCUGCCUCGGUUUGGCACCCUCCACCACGCUGCCUACAAUCUUCAUUCCCUUCUUUCUGUGGAUGGCUGGCUAACAGCCUUCCCAAAGGCUCACGGCCAGCACUUGUAUAUAGGAUGUAUACUACUGUAUUUAUGAAAGCACAGAUUACUCAUCAUCAUUGUGUAAAGUCUCCUAACCUUGUGUGCCACUUUUAAAUACAACUUUGUCUAGAACACAGUGCACAAGGCAAAGCUUACUGUGUAAGCCAAAUAAUAGAUUUCCUGAAAAUCUCAGUUGGUACAUUUUAACACACCUUCAAAUCAUGAAAAAGUAGGGUUAUGAUGCAGUUCUGCUCCUUGCCUUUCGCUGUAAGCGAUUCUGGUAAUAUCCUUCAUGUUCCUGAAUUUCUUAGCUACAUACCCAGGUGUCACAACUGUUACUAAAAAUAGAUGAUGGAGUUCCACGAAGUGGACAUUUAGAACAAACUGCUUACCUCUUCAUUCAGUAGAUAUAGUGAGUAUUCAGAAGUUACUGGCUCUGUCCCUAAAAUACUCUUCGGUGGAGAUACAAGUGAGUAAACUGACUCUUUUUGAUAGCAAAGAAGAAAAACUAACCCUAGGUUGGGCUCUGGGUGCUGCAGAAGCAUAGCUGGGACUAGCCGCAGUCAUUUCCCUCUUAGGAAAUGUUCACAAAUCUCUCAUUUACAUUAAUUGCAUAAACACAACUCUUUAAUUGGGUUCAUGGUAAGGAAAGAUGGCAAUUCCUCAGCAUUUUCCUUGCCACCGGGAGUGGUUAGUGUGGCUAAGAGAAAUGGUGACAGAGGGCUUGAGGGGGUACAGGAAGAAGCUAGAAUGCUUUAUGACAGCCAGUAACAUACAGACAUCAGAAAUUUCCAGCGUUGCAGGGCACAUGGUAGGGAGGAAGAGGACAGAGGCCAAUUUAGUCCCUACCUUCCCUCGGUCACGGGACCCAUGUGAGCACCGUAAAGCAUCCAACAUCACUGAAGCAUCUUCUCUGGUAGCUUUAUUGUCAUUUUGGACAUUGCCUUAAAACAAAUGCCUCUUGGUGAAAGAUGACGUCUUUCUAUACUCAUCUCUUGCAAAUAAGUAUUCACUUUCAAGCCAUCAGCUGGAGUUUCAUCCUUUCUGUUUAUUGAGAAUGUGUACUGUUGGAUUUGAAAUUAGGUUAAUCUGUUUGAAUGCUAAAAACCUUUGCUAAUUUACUUCUUAGCAAUGUGUUGAUGUAUGCAGAGAAGUUGAUGAGCUUCUGUAUUGUCUUCCGUGUGACACAUGUACUUACAUAUUAAUGUGCCGUGCCUGUCUUCCUUUCUAAUCAAAGGCAAAUACGGCGGUGUCUUCACCAAGGACUGAACCUGAGAUUUGCUUCUUUCUGUGGGCAAUGCUCAGUAUCUUGUCAUCAGCUCUGCUACUGAAGUGGCCGCUUUCCCCAUUUUUAGAGACUCACUUUAAGUGUGCUAUAAACCUCCUUCCUUUCCCCUAGACCUUACAGCUGCUUGAAGAUGGGAUUCUUGGAACUGUGAGUCUACUUGGCUGCUCUCUAACCAUCUUUCUUCUGGCUUCUCCACUAUAACUGACAAAGAAUGUAAAGACUGGGGUGAAAUUCCAGGCUCAUAGGAAGCAGCAGCCUGACUGCUGCUGCAACCAGCCAAGAGGGGAUUUCAGCCCAGCGUUCGGUGCACAUUCAGCCUGCAGUCCAGCUUCAUGGUGCUGGGUACCAAUUUCUGUUGGAUCCUUGUAAACAACUUCUGCUCUACUUUCAAAGAUUGCAAUGCUCAGUGUAACUGUUUUUGGUAAACUUCUAAAAUUAAGGUGUUUUUUAAUUAACAUGAAUUGCUUUUUCAUAGUGUAUGCAUUAGUAAUAUUUACAUAAAUUCCAGUGUUUUUUUUUUUACUUGCUGUGUAUAAGGUAUGAACUGUAGUCAUUAUUGUAAUUAUAUAAAUAGAAUUUAUUCAUUUCAAAACAUC